AGAAGUGGUAUACGGCUCCUGGUAGCACAUGUUCUGGCUCCAGAAGGAUUGCACACGAUCUGCUGCCGUUAUUCGAUUCAUAUGUACGUUGAUAAAACGGUGACGCGCGAAGUCGAAACUGCCGUUGUGCUCUAAUCUUGCGCUACAGUAUUUUUUUCUCUUUUCUUUCUCUAAGUGCCUUAUCUGCGUGCCAACAUACGUAACAGAAGCUGUUCUAAUUAACUAGUUGGAGAGAUACCCGCUCCUUUCGUGCAUUAUAUACAUAUAUCUGUUUGGAUGGCGUAAGCUGGCAGCCUUGGUUCGCGUGACGCUCUGUUUCCCUUUUCUGUCUUUUUCUCUUUGAUGCAUCUUCGACCCCUUUUUUUUUGUUCCGCGUUUUGAAAAAAGUAGUUGUGCCUCCGAUUUGACUCCCAGAGUCUGAGGUACCCUUUUCUCUUCUUCUCGAUACAAUUCGUUGCCGACGAUAUACAAGAGACAUAUUUCCUUGUUUUUUAGCCGCGUCACGGUAGUGUGUGUGUGUAUGUGUGUGUGCGUGCGGCGUUCAUUCGUGAGCUAAUCCCUACCUCUUUGUUGUUGUGGUCGUCGUUUUCUUGUGCCACUCGUUUCCUUCACAGCGCUACCCUUUUUUUUCUUUGCUGGCCUCCGACGCAAGAUCUGCGGCGGCAACUCCACCAAAAAUAUUGAAACGCAAAGGAAAACAAAAUGGGAUGUAAAUUUUCGCAGUUGAAGAAGAAACCAGCUCCCGUGCCUCUCAAAUCAAGUCUAAAGAGCGAUAGGGGCUCGACGUAUGACGACGCGGCGCAGGAGGGUGCUGUCGGUGGCGCGGGUGGGCGUGCGGGCGGCUCCGCGUCGCCUACAAAGGGGUCGCCGUACAGCCCCAAUAGACCGCCCAACGGCAACGAUGUAGCCAACAGGGACGCUAACGGGAUGGACGACGACUUGAGUAACACUUUCUCACCUGAUGGCACGAAAAAGCUUGCGAUCCCGAUCGAUGACGACGACGUGUCGGAUGAAUCAUCCAGCGGCGGGGGUGGCAGCGGCAUGGACCCGAAUGGGUCGUUUUCCAAUGUCGACCUGAAGGGUAGCUUCCACAUUCACUACAACACCAAAGGCGAAAUCAACCCCAACGCCUCACUACCGGCGAGUCGCCGUGGCCGCUACGUGUCGCCGAAGCUGUUAGCAGGGAUGUCUCCCCACCCUAGCGAUGAUGACCUGGUGCUUGUGUGCACCGACUGCGGGACGGCGAUUACGGAAGAUUGCGAGCAAUUGUGUCCUUUGACGGGGAAGCUUCACUAUUAA